GCAAUAUAUUUCGGUUGGCAUGCUGCAUGGAGGUGAACAACAACUGACAACUGAUGGAGCUUUAUCAUUGAGUCGCCCCCCUCCCUGUUCCCUGAUUGAUUAACGCCAACUGCCAGCCCCGUCAGAAGAAACACAGCGCGCAAACGGUAAAUUAUUUCCGUUGUGGUUUCACUCUUUUCACACCUUUCACCCUCAGAUAAUUUUCAGUUUCGCCUCUCUGUUCGCUCUGUCAAAGCCCUGCUUCCACUAUCCUAGACCUCCUCCAUGGCUACUACGAUUCGAGGAGAUAGGUUGUUUAGGCUUGAUAUGGCCCUAGCGGCACUUGUUGAAGAUCCGGGGCUACUGGAUCGUGCGAGACGCCGGUUCAGCGAAACUCCAUCAUACAGAACCCACUACUCGCACAACUCAACACUAUCUCAAAGCUCUAACCCGCCUAGCGAGGAACAGCAGCGCCGCGAGAAACGAAAAUGGAAGCUGAUACUAGAGCAUCGGGCAUCGUUUCCUGUUGGCCAGUUUGACGCGCAAAGGCACGAAGAGUACCGCCGGCUCUUCAAACCAGCACCGGGCAGCGGUUGCAUUUUCAGCGACCUACAUAUGGAACUCGCGCGCGCCACCGUCAAAAAGCAAUGGGUCGAGCAGGGCAUCUGGAACGAGGAGUGGGGGUGGCAACCUUCUGGGCGGUGGAAGCAUGAAGAACCGCUCCAGCCCGAGUCGGAUAACGAGAUCGAUUCGGAGGCCAAAGUCAGAGCUCCUCUUUUCUGCCUCUCCCCUUCCCCCACGAGAGCAGCAGAACCAAGACGACCGAAGAGUGCCGAGGAGCUGCAACAGAUUGCAGAGCAACGGGCUGUGCAAGAGCGCGAACGUGAGCCGUCGCGCCCAUUCUAUCAGUUCAUCUAUCAAGUGUCGAAUGAACGCAAACGGAUUCAAGACGAAAUGAACCCUCCCGACGCCCUCGUGCAGAACGAGUCAAACACUCAAGGAGCCACUAUCCCGACCCCUCUCGACAUUAAUACGACGGCUUAUGAGAGAAUGAAGAACACUUGGAUGAAAAGAGGGAUAUGGAAUAGGAAAUGGGGUGUCCUGCCGGGGAUGUCGUGGAAGCACGAACAGUCUCUUGAGGAGAUGCUUCUUGAGGGGAUGGGCAAUGAUACUCCCGUUCAAGCAAACAGGCUCGAAGCUGACAGACAUGAAACGGGAGAAGCACCUGCCAGGUCGAUAUUCGGGUGCCUCCUCUCUGCCGAGUCAAAUCACGAAGCGUCCGAUAUUUUCGAAGCGUCCGAUAUGCUCAACGAGUCUCAGAAAGAAACGCCUGCGGCUAGUAUUUUGGGUGUGCCCGGGAACGACGGCCAUGGAGCCGAGGGAGCAAGUCCGAGAUGGAAUAUAUUCGGGUCUCUGUCGCCUGCCGAAUCGAGUCAUGGCCCGGUGUCUGGUUGCUUGAAUGCGUCUCCGCAAGAACCACCUCCGGCCGCUGAUCCUGCAGGAUUACCGAAUGGCGAUCCCAAUCACUCUUCCGCCGCAUCGAAUUCACGACGCCGCCAUGCAGAGAGCAGAGAGACUCCUCGCUCUGCCCCGCCACAGAGGCGGCGACGAGGCAAGAGAGAGCCAUCCAUCGAGGGUGGACAGGCUCUACAAAUAGCACGCACCGCUCUUGGUCCAGCUCAUUCAUCGAAGGUGUACAAGGCUCGCGGAAAGAGUGGGCCUGGCCCCCGACGACGGCCGAACGCCUCUAAAUUACCGUCCGAAGCUCAACAGUCCUUACCAGGACUACAUGUCCCUACCGCCCCCCCAAAGGAUACUCCUGUGCUGCCCCGAAGGAGCAGACGCUUGGAGGAGGCCCGGCACAAAGCGGCUGCAGACCUCGCCGGCGUUGCUACUGCGGACCCACACGACGGUGGCUCCCAAUCAAGACCCAGGCGGAUCAGUGCUGGUCCGAAGCCUGCAGGUUCAGCAAAACCUCAGGGAGUAUCCAAAAGGCGCCCAAAUACGACUCGGCCUAGGGCGAGAUAGGACGGUUACGCGGCCUCGUCCGGCGCUAUCGGCGCUUCUGCGUUCCCCAGUGCGGACCUAAGCAUUGGGAGCUCGUACAGCGCAAAGAGCCGCAGGGGCAGCAGCAAGUGGCGCAGAGCUCAUAAUCGGCGGGUAUGUAAUGAAGGUAUCACCUAGGCGCAGGAAGGCACAUUGUCGAGUCUGGAGCCGACCUUUGAGGCAUGCAUUAAGCACGGAGGUAAUUCACAUCAGGG